AUGAGCAGAGCUGGUGAAUUCCAAAAUAGAGUUGAAAAGAUUAUAGAAAAUGUAUUUGAAACUAAUUCAUUAUCUAAUUAGUAUCUUUAGAAGCAUAAAAUAUUUAAUAUGAAAAAUUCAAUUAAUCAUGUUGAUGCAUCCAAUUCUGAAUUUGAUCUGCUCGAAAAAUAAAUGACCAGAAAUAAUAUGAUAGAUGAGUUAAUUCGAAAAAUUUCGGUGUUGGUAGAUGCUGCAAAUGAUCACAAUAAAAUUGAAGUAUUUCAUCAAUUAAUCUACAUGUAGAUUGAGUAGAAGUUUAUUCGAUUUGAAUAAGAAAUUUCUAAUCUUAGAUCAAUAAUUAUGAUGCAAACAGAUAGUAAUCCUACUUAAUUAACUAUUACACGUUCGGAAAAUAACUCUUUUAUUGAAAUGAGUGAUUCGUUUCUGAAUGAUGAAAAUGUUUCUUCUUUCAAAAAAAAACUAAAAGAAAUUCAAGAAUAGUUUUCAAAGAAAACAUAACAAAUAGACAAUAUGCUUACUUUAGUUAUUGAUUAACAACUGCAAUUAAAACAAUAAAUAAUUCUAAGUCCUUCAACAAAUCAAUCUAACGAAUCUUAAUUGGAUCUCCAUUAAUAAGCCGACAAGAUAUUGAACAUAAUAUAACCAAGUAACAAUAAGUAGUAAUGUUUAUUAGAAAUACAAUUUUUGAAUAAGGAACAUUUUGAUGAAAAAUAUCAAUAGUUCAAAAAAGUGAUGGAAGAAAUGAAGAAGAGUGCUAAAGAGAAGCAGUCUCUUUUAAUGACCAUUGUUGAUGAGUGCAAAAGGGAUUGCGAAAAAAUUGAAAAAAAAUUUAAUGAACAUAUUACUUAGUUGAAUGCAGAAAAGAAGAAAUCUUGGAUUCCUUUCAAAUGA